AUGAAGAAUCUCAAACGAGGAGGGCUUGCCCGUUUUUUUGUUAUUGUUUCCAUCUGCUUCUCCAUCUAUCCACCUGGAUUCCCACCUUCUCAGGGAUCUUUUCAAGCUUAUGCUCAAGAAGCUGGAUUUUUUGGCGAAGUCUUUCACUUUCCUGAGGCUUUUGAUCCUGAUUAUGAGGAAAUGGAGAGGAAAUUCACGAUCUUCGUGAUUGUUCUAUCUGAAUCUCAAUUGAGUCGCCUCUUGACCAAAGAUCCUGAGAAGGCUCACCUCUUCCUCAUUCCUAUUUCUUGUCAUUCACUGCCUGCAGGGAGAUCAGAAGAUGAAAGGGCUAUUGCUGUUGAGGAUUUUGUCAAGAGCCUCAUUUCCAAGUAUCCUUAUUGGAACAGAACUUUAGGUGCUGAUCACUUCUUCAUAACUUGCGCAGACAUUAAUGUGACUGAUGCUGCACGAAUUACUAAUCUUAUGAAGAACUCAAUUAAAGUCAUGUGUACUCCAAGUUAUAAUGAUGAAUAUGUUCCUCAUAAGGAUGUUUCCCUCCCACAACGCGUGCCGCCACUUGUUCUUACUCCUGCUGGAAAUAACAUAACGAACAGGAUUACUCUAGCUUUCUGGAGAGGUCUCAAUAAUUCUGAUACAAGGCAGAAGCUGCUUGGGGCUUGGGAGAAUGAUUUAGAACUUUUCAUACAGAAAGGAAGGAAACCUAGUUUAGAAGAAGGAGAUUUGGUGUACCAUGAGGCUUUCAAUAACUCUAAGUAUUGCAUUUGUACUGGAGGCCCAGAGCUCGAUCGUACUAUAGCAUUAGCAAUUCAUUAUGGAUGUGUUCCAGUUAUCAUGUCUGACUACUAUGAUUUACCAUUCAAAGACUUUCUUGACUGGAGGAAAUUCUCCAUAAUACUCGAGGAAAGUCGAGUCUAUUACCUAAGGGAACACCUUGAGGAGAUGUUAGAGCAUGAAUAUCGAGCAGUGCAGACCAACACCGUCAUGGUCCGUAAGCACUUUCAGUGGAAUCUAGUUCCAGCCAAAUAUGACGCGUUUCAUAUGACCCUGUAUGACUUGUGGCUGCGCAACCAUUUUACCAAGUAUUACUGACUGAGUUGCUGCAACUUUCGUUCCAUAAAGAUGAACCUUAAUUCUCUCUCCAUUCAAUUUCUCAAAUAUUGACAUAGAUAUGAUGUAUAAUAUCACUCGAAUUGCUUCUGUAUUUCUCAAAUAUUGACAUAUGAUAUGCCACAGUUGCUACUUUUCAAAUCGGUGUCAUAUGAGUUUCUCUCUCAAAAUGUUGUUCUAUUGUAUCCACACGUGCUUAAAUUUUGGAACUUCAGAAAGUGGUAUCCACCAAGGUGAAAUUCAGUAGUUUUGAUUAAAUCUUGAACGUUCCCUGAGGCUUUCGGUCUAGAUUAUGAGGAAAGGGAGAGGAACUUCAAGA